AUUUGAAUACACACAUCAAUCAAACCUUCCCUGUUCUACUAGAAUUUUCAGUCUAGAUAUAACAGAGCUAACUAGUCAGAUCGAGUUCAGAAAAUAUGGGAAGCAACCACAGCAUUGUUGACGACUCGGAUGGAUCAUCACAUGGAAAGAAGUCUCGCAUCAUGUCCUUCCAUUCCAAGGACCAAUGGAAGACCCACUUCACUGCCUCUAAGCAAACUAACAAGCUGAUUGUGAUUGAUUUCACGGCAACAUGGUGCGGACCUUGUCGAUCAAUGGAGCCAGCCUUGAAAGAGUAUGCUGAUAAGUACACUGACGUCGAGUUUGUGAAGCUUGAUGUGGACGAGUUACCGGAUGUGGCGAUGGAGUUUGGGGUGCAGGCAAUGCCUUCCUUUCUGUUUAUUAAGAAAGGAGAAGUGAUUGAUAGAGUUGUCGGGGCCAGGAAGGAGGAACUCCAGAAGAAGAUUGAGAAACACAGGAAUUGAUUCCCUGCUGUUAAUCCCGAGUACGGAAGCUCCAAGAUCGGAAAUAUCUAUAAGCAAAAUAAAGCCAAGAUAAGACUGACCAUAUAUGAAAGUAUAUCAAUAAGGUCUCUCACUUGGGGUUUUGGAGUACUGUGUUCAGUAUUUUGUAUUCUUUCAUUUUCAUGUUUAUCGAAGUUCGUACUUCUCUGAGUACCUAACUCUAAUCUUAAUAAGAUAUAGUACUUCUCUUAAUUCUUAA